GGUGCCGGAGCGAUGGCGGGGCCGGUGCUGGCGGUGCUGGCCGGGCUGUGGGCGCCGGGGGCGGCGGCGGGCGGGGAGGUGGUGGCGGCGCGUCCCGGGGCGCUGGAGGAGGAGAUCGUGUCGGAGAAGGCGGCGGAGGAGAGCCACCGGCAGGACAGCGCCAACCUGCUCGUCUUCAUCCUGCUGCUCACCCUCACCAUCCUCACCAUCUGGCUCUUCAAGCACCGCCGUGCCCGCUUCCUCCAUGAGACCGGCCUGGCCAUGAUCUACGGCGUGCUGGUCGGCGUGGUCCUGCGCUACGGCAUCCACGUGCCCAGCGACGUCAACAACGUGACGCUGAGCUGCCAGGCGCAGGGCAGCCCCGCCACGCUGCUGGUCAACGUCAGCGGCAAGUACUACGAGUACACGCUCAAGGGCGAGAUCAGCGCCCACGAGCUCAACAACGUCCAGGACAACGAGAUGCUCAGAAAGGUGACUUUUGAUCCUGAAGUAUUUUUCAACAUUCUGCUUCCCCCAAUUAUCUUCUAUGCAGGCUACAGCUUGAAAAGGAGGCACUUCUUCAGAAACCUGGGCUCCAUCCUAGCAUAUGCCUUUCUUGGCACUGCCAUUUCCUGCCUGGUCAUUGGCUCUGUGGUGUAUGGCUGCGUGGCGCUGAUGAAAGUCACUGGGCAGCUGGGGGGAGACUUCUACUUCACUGACUGCCUCCUGUUCGGUGCCAUUGUGUCAGCUACUGACCCAGUGACUGUUCUUGCCAUCUUCCAUGAACUCCAGGUCGAUGUUGAGCUCUAUGCCCUGCUCUUUGGCGAAAGCGUCCUCAACGAUGCCGUUGCCAUAGUGCUGUCUUCUUCCAUUGUUGCAUACCAGCCAGCAGGAGACAACAGCCACACGUUUGAUGUCACAGCCAUGUUCAAGUCCAUUGGGAUAUUCCUGGGGAUAUUCAGUGGAUCUUUUGCAAUGGGAGCAGCUACUGGAGUUGUGACAGCUUUAGUCACCAAGUUCACCAAGCUUCGGGAGUUCCCUCUGCUGGAGACUGGUUUGUUCUUCUUGAUGUCCUGGAGCACCUUCCUGCUGGCUGAAGCCUGUGGCUUUACAGGUGUGGUGGCUGUACUCUUCUGUGGGAUCACACAGGCCCAUUACACCUACAACAACUUAUCUACAGAGUCCCAACACAGAACUAAACAGUUGUUUGAGCUGCUGAAUUUCUUGGCAGAAAACUUCAUCUUCUCCUACAUGGGACUUGCACUGUUCACCUUCCAGAACCAUGUCUUUAAUCCCACCUUUGUGGUGGGGGCUUUUCUUGCUAUCUUCCUAGGAAGAGCUGCCAAUAUUUACCCACUCUCAUUUUUACUGAAUCUGGGGAGAAGAAAUAAGAUUGGAACAAACUUGCAGCACAUGAUGAUGUUUGCCGGGCUGCGAGGAGCCAUGGCCUUCGCCUUGGCCAUCCGCGACACGGCCACCUACGCCCGGCAGAUGAUGUUCAGCACCACCCUGCUCAUCGUCUUCUUCACGGUGUGGGUGUUCGGCGGGGGCACCACGGCCAUGCUGUCCUGCCUGAACGUCCGGGUGGGUGUGGAUGCAGAUCAGGAGAACGUGGGUGUCCCUGAGAGCGAGAGGAGGAGCACGAAGGCAGAAAGCGCCUGGCUCUUCCGCAUGUGGUACAACUUUGAUCACAACUAUCUAAAGCCUCUGUUGACACACAGUGGUCCUCCUCUGACGACCACCCUCCCGGGGUGCUGUGGACCUAUUGCCCGGUGCCUGACGAGUCCACAGGCGUAUGAAAACCAGGAGCAGCUGAAGGACGACGACUCCGACCUCAUUCUGAACGACGGAGACAUCAGCCUGACCUACGGGGACUCCACCGGCGGCACCGACUCGGCGGUGCCGGGCGGCCCCUCGCGGCGCCUGGCGGGGAACAGCACCUCCGAGGACGCCCUGGACCGGGAGCUGGCGUUCGGGGACCACGAACUCGUAAUCCGGGGGACACGCCUGGUCCUGCCCAUGGACGAUUCGGAGCCGCCCUCCAGCAUCCUGGACAACGCCAGGCACGGCCCCGCCUAAGGGCACUGCCGGCUUUGACUCUCGACGCUCGGUAUUUGCAUCUAUGAUCCAGAAGUAUGUGCUACCUAAAAGUCUUUACUGCAUGUCGCCCCCCCACAAAUGUCUAAAAGCUGUAUCGAUUAUUAUUUAUAUGGUGUCAGAAGAAGCUCAAUAUUCUCUGCCAGGCACUUGUAACAGAACAAGCUGCAAAGUGGGUUGGUAUUUUUUUUUGCCCCCCCCCCCGCCCCCGUUACCAAACCGUUGUGGACUGCACUGUGUUAGGGUGGAACUGUUUUUAGCCUAAAGAGUCUUUUGCACACGGUGAGCUUCUCUUUGAAACGUGUGAUUUGCUGGAGGGUGGAGUUCCCAGCAGGCUUAAGCAAAGGAGAUGAUUGCUCUGAUCGCCCCUGGAGCCUGGGAGAGGAGGGUAGGAGCGGUGGGAAUCGCUUCCUGGCCGGGUGAGGCUUUGUGCCCUUGCUUUGGUUUUGUUCUUUCCUUUGCUUUUUGGAUAGCCACGUUUGAAUUGGCAGCAAGAGAUCUGCCUGCCGGAGCCUCUUCACAGGGCAGUGGACAGUGAUCAACUCCUUGACUUCUGUGGGAAGCUGAGCCAGGAGCUGGAGACUUUCUGCUUUUCAGUGAGCCUCCUGCCCCAGCCUGGCUGACGGCAGGCACCGGCCAAAGCUGCGAGCCAGGACUGCGGCUGCCUGGCCGCUGGGAUGGGAGCUGGAGCAAGGGGAUGGUUUGUAUCUGGAGUCACGUUCAGGAGAAGGAGGUGAGAUCCCACAGCGACUACAGCAGGUAUGCACAGGUUUUUAGGGUCGAGUCCAUCAUGCCAGCUUUUCCAGAAGCAGCCAUCAAACCCUCAGCUUGGCAACUGAAACUCCAGCUUCGGGGAGCGCCUGCGGCCCGGCGUGAGCCAGUCUCCUCUCCUGUGGUCACAGGCACUGCUGCCCCAGCUGACUGUGGGGCUGUGGAGCCCAGCCAACCUCCAACACAAAGCUUUACAGCUGGACACGGACCUCUCCAGAGGGAUUGAGCCAUCUGGGUUGGGGAGGGACUUAAGGGGGAGUUGUCUGUCCGUCCAUCCCUCCUCCUGUACAGUCAGAAAGUCAUUGCACUUUUGUUUAAUAGCUCCUUAGCAUGCUGUGUGUGUCAAACCCCCACCCUUCUCUCAUCCCUCUUCCCAUUUAAGGAGAAACGUUUGCAAGUUGCUGGUUUCAUUUUAUUUGAUGUUCUUUUCUUUUGUGUUAUUUUAGUGUCGAUUUUCUUCCUCUUUUUCCCUCAUUUUCCAAGGAAGAGCACAGAACAA